AUGCUUACGAGGCAGCCAGAUUUUAUGCCUUCAGGAGACGGCUCCGAAAUGCGCUGUGUUCUCUGCUCUCCUGAAGAGGGAGGACCAACAAUUCGCAAGAAAAGUGUGGCAGCUCACAUCAAGGGAAGGUCCCACGUGGAAGUGGUAGAGGAGCAUGAGCGCCAAGGAGCUCAAGUUGCAGCCAUCGCCGAAACACUCAACCGCAGAGAACAGCGAAGGGCUGGGGCUUCAUUGGCACUGCAAUCAAUUAACUUGAUACAACCUAGACAGCCUGCUUUAGCGAGAAAUGCGUCCAGCACAGCAGAAGAGGAGUUCUGGGCUGACUUCUCACAGGAUCCACACGCGUUCACGUUUAAUGCCAGAGAGGAUCCUGAUUUGGCAGCGGCAGAGAGUCAACGUCACCUCAAGCAGAAUGCAGAGGCCUUUGGAAUCUGGAACGCCCAUUCCACAGCUCAGGACCUAGGCUUCGGGAAUGAAAGCCCUGGCUCUGAUCCAUUCCUCGAGCUUCGCCUUGGCUCUGAGGAUCUGGACGAACUUCUAGCAGACCUUCUUGCCAGCACCAAACUGGACCCGCCGUCUGUAGAGGAUGCAGCUAACUAUGAGCUGCCUGCUUUUGUGCCAAGCGAUGCUGAUGCUGCGUUGUCAAACCAAUGGGCUCCGUAUGAGUCAAAGACAAUGUUUCUUCUUGAUACCAUCGAUAACCUACCUCGGUGCCCUGUCUCCAAUUCACUCAUGCAGAUAUUUCUUUGGACUCUCAAGGAGACAGGUGCCCGUGAUGUUCCUUUGCUCUACAAGCUUCGCCAUACACAAGAGAAACUACCCCAGAAGUGUGGCGUACCCUCUAUACGAUGCCAGUCUGAACUCGGGAAUGUCUUCUACAUGAAUGAUAUUCGGAGUAUUAUCGCCAAGGAUUCGGCAAACCCCCAGACUCGACCAUAUAUCCAUGUCUAUCCUGAGGUCCCAGAGGGUGGAAUCCAUGAGGUCUGGCAUGCUAAUAAGUGGCGCCACGAGAUGGACACACGGAUGCUCAGCCCGAUGUACGAUGCCGGUGCUGCGAAGGCCCUUUGCUACAACUACCAUGAUUUGGCAGAAGCCAAGGUACUACCGCACAGCUGGGAUGAGCGAGCAACUAGCUGGAGAUAUCCUGAGAACAUGCCCAAUCACUUGCAAGAGGUUGCGCAGGGAGAUCCACUGUACACCAGCUUCGUCGACUAUUUUGGAGAUGAUGUAUCCGGUAAUCGCUCAAAGUCUUGGAACAAACACUGGAAUGCCUAUGUCACACAUCAGAAUCUGCCACGUGAGCUUCUGCAGCAAGAAUUCCAUACGCACUUUUUAUCCACUUCCCAGCAUGCCUCGAUUGCCGAACAGUUCAUGGCGUUUAAGAAAAUCCUCGGAUCUACGCACACCAACCCUGUUGUUGUCCGGGACAGCAUCACCGGAGAGAACGUCCGCUUCUGGCUUCAUGUCAAUGCUCAACCAUCUGACAACCCCAUGCAGAGUGAAGUAUCUGCUCAUAUCGGUGGACGUGGUAAUUGCUACUGUCGAAAGUGCGAUGCAGGUGGAACAAAGGCACACAAGGAGACAGAUGCAGGCUACCACAGCCUUUUCCAGGUUGGGACACCACGCACCAAGGAAGGAAUACUUUGA